CAAAAUCAUAUGAGCAAGAACAACCCCUAGCUAGUUCCGCAAAAGUUGCAGGAACCCUGCGUUUUUUCGGCGAGGAAGAAGAAACGUAGGUGAAGCCUCUGGAGUCUACGUGUGGACCGAGGGCUUUUAGAAAACGUCGCUGCGCAAAACGAAAGCAACCGUAUCUAUUCCGGCUGCUGACCAAACCGCCACCGCCGUGCCCAGCUGCCUGAACUCGUCUCCGUCUUUAUCAUAGGCCGUCACAGAGUACCCUGGUGCUUUCGUGUUGGGGUGUCAAGCUUGAAGGAAUCCAGGCCGUCCAUUCUUUAGAGAUCCAGCGGCUGUUUGUUGACAUUUUUGUUAUGGGGGCAUUGAUGUAAUUUACCUGUAAUUAAUUGUAAAUAGAAAAAAAACAGCCGCGGCGGAGGGGGAGUGGGUUUUAAUUUUUAGCUUGGCAGCUUCAGAACAUUUUUGGAGGGAGACUUCUUGCAGAACCGAGAGCCUUCGCCUGCGGAGAGACCUACAACCCGAGAGAAACGUCGCCAGCCGAGAGAGAUCCUUCAGCCACAGCGCACGAGAGAGGGAGACGGCAGGAGGAGGGUUCGUUGUUGGGAGGGAGAGCAUUUUUGGCUUGGCAGCUUCAGAACAUUUUUGGAGGGAGACUUCUUGCAGAACCGAGAGCCUUCGCCUGCGGAGAGAGACCUGCAACCCGAGAGAACCGUCGCCAGCCGAGAGAGAUCCUUCAGCCGCAGCGCACGAGAGAGGGAGACGGCAGGAGGAGGGUUCGUCGUUGGGGAUCUCUAGCCUCCGGCGGAGGUUCACGCACGGGUUUCUCAAUUCUUAAUUGCUGUAUCUGGUGCCUUCAGCUGAUCAGUUGAAAAAAAAAAAAAACUUGGUCUUAAGGGAUGAAGAUGGUAUGAAGAUUGUCUUGGGCCCUUCUAGACUUGAGAUCAUUUCCAAAUCUUUUUAAAGGCUGCAAAAAUUCUUGCCAACUUGAUUGUGAUGGGUUCCGCAAUACUAGGAAGGGCUUUUAUCCAAGCAUACCGCCAGGCACUUCAAAAUGCCUCAAAAUCGGGGGUUGCUCAGGAAACGGUACAGAACAUAAGAAGAGCAAGCAAAACCAUGGCUGAAGCAGAGGCGAGACAGAUCCUAGGUGUUACAGAACAUACAUCAUGGGAGGAGAUCAUGCAGAAGUAUGAUAACCUGUUUGAGAGUAAUGCUAAGAGUGGGAGCUUUUACCUCCAAUCAAAGGUUCAUAGGGCUAAAGAGUGCUUAGAAGCAGUCCAUCAAAAGAAAGCUGAGUCUACAGAUACGUGACGCUGAGAAGUUGCUGUGGUUUGCGUUCAUCACAAUUUCCAUGUCAUUCGAAGUUGCCUUUACCAGUUCUGCAAGAUAUAUUUGUAUGUUUAGUGGGUUGCUCAAUUUUGUCAUAGGAUUUACGAGAAAGAGAUUGGUUAUAGCUGUCUUCAUUUAUGUAUUUUAUUUAAUGGAGGUAAUUUACGAGAAAGAGAUUGGUUAUAGCUGUCUUCAUUUAUGUAUUUUAUUUAAUGGAGGUAAUCUGCCUCAGAUAUCUGACUUCUGUGAUGAGGAACACAGAAAAUCUUGUCUAAUUUUUCAUAUCAUUUGUAUGCAAAAUUUAAAUUGCAUUUGCAUCUUAUAUUGUAAUUAUAUCACAUCCAUGAUUAUAUGAAUGAAUGUUUGUAGAGAAAA